ACCCGGAACUCCAAGCUGCGGAAGUGGUGUCACCGCUAAGGCGCGCCGUUUAGAAACAACAGUGUUUGUAUGGAGAAGUUUCUCUGGAACAAGUCGGGGCAAUUACCGUCUCCAAGAUGAAGGCGGAAUUUUUAAGUUUACCGUAAUAACAUCGAAACCUCCGUACGUACACAUAGUUUGAUAGCUUUUAAGUUACAGUCGUCCAAGUUUGUUGCGUGAAAGUCACCAAAAUGUUCGUUUUUAAACGCGUGGUGUCCGUCAGAGGCAUCAUUGUCCCUCAAUGCACCUCCCUCUCUGUGAGAAUGUUCUCUGCUUGUCAUUGUCUAACAUCCCCAAAGAGACAGAGCCCGUACAGCUCGGUGGACAGCGAGCGCUACUCGUCACUUGUGAAGUCUGUCAUGUCAUCGAGGGUCAGUUCCCAAACACCCGAGUCCCUUCAAGCAGAGGACGAGCACGUGUUUGGACCUGUUGUCAAAGCUCAAACACCCUCCUCAUCAUCAUCAUCAGGACCAAAGAUGAGGGUACCUAAAACCCUUCAUCCCUUCUUAGACUGCGAAGAGAAUCCAGAAACAGACGACCUAGAGCAAGGACCUCCAGCCCGGAUUGCAUUAAACCGGGGUCAAGGCAGGUCUUCAGUACCGAGUGUGACCCGCAUUCUUCAGCAGACGCUUUCUCCGGAUCAGAUCUUCUACCUGGAGAGAUGGAGGAGGAAGAUGAUUGCAGAGCUCGGAGAGGAAGGCUUCAAAGAGUACAGUCAGAAUUUAUUCAGGCAAGGGAAGCUUUUCCAUUCAGCUCUGGAGGACACUCUGGUAUCAGGUGGCACCCAGCAGAACCAAAGUCCUUCAGAGAGACCAGAGUAUCCAACUGAGGUGCAGGGAUGCAUGCAGAGCGUCUCUCACAUACUGGAGGAUGUCAGAGCAGUGAGAGCUAUUGAAAGCACUGUGCAUCAUGGCACGCUGAACUAUCUGGGAAUUGCAGAUUGUGUCGCUCGCUACAGAGGUGUGCUAUGUGUCAUUGACUGGAAGACUUCAGAGAAGCCCAAACCGUUCCUGAGCAACACAUAUGACAACCCUAUCCAGGUGGCAGCCUACGCUGGAGCUUUGAACAAUGAUAGCAACUAUAAAUACCAGGUUGAAAACGGACUCAUUGUGGUAGCCUACAAGGAUGGCUCACCUGGCCAUGCUCAUCAGCUGAAGCCCGAGCUCAUGCAGGAGUACUGGAAAACUUGGCUGGUUCGUCUUGAAGAGUUCACAGAACAAAGAUCCAGUCAUGUAUCAAGUGCUGCUUUGGAGAAAAGAUGAGAUGUUCAAGGCCCUUUAACCUGAACUAAAAUCCAACACCUUUUUUAUCCUAAUAGCUACCAUUUUCAGUUUAACUCGCCCCUUUUCUGUGCUACAGAUGCACAUUAAUUACCUCAUUAUCAUUCCUGGGACU